CAGAUAGAGAACAGAGCAGCAGUCUGAGCUCCUCUCUCACCCUACGCUCCUCUCACCACACCUGGGAUCCACAUCCAGCCGUCCCUCUUCUGCUUUCAGACAACCAGAAGAACCAUGGUGCUCUACCACAGGGAGUUUGACAAGGCAGGCAGGGCAGCCGGUCUCCAGAUAUGGAGGAUAGAGAAGAUGGAGCUGGUCCCUGUGCCUGAGAACUUACACGGGAACUUCUAUGUUGGGGAUGCGUAUGUGGUCCUCCACACUGUCAAACAGCGGGAUAGCUGCUUCUACGACCUGCACUACUGGCUGGGUAAGGAGUGCAGCCAGGAUGAGAGCACGGCGGCGGCCAUCUUUACUGUUCAGCUGGAUGAUUUUCUUGGAGGGAAGCCUGUCCAGUACCGAGAACUGCAGGGGUUCGAGUCCACUGCCUUCACACGAUACUUCAAGGGAGGAAUCACAUACAAAGCCGGAGGCGUGGCCUCUGGGUUCCAUCACGUGGUCACCAAUGACCUGUCAGCUCUGAGACUAUUCCACAUCAAAGGUCGCCGUGUCGUCAGGGCAACCGAGGUCACCCUCAACUGGUCCAGCUUCAACAGAGGGGACUGCUUCAUCGUGGACCUGGGAGCAGUUAUCUACCAGUGGUGCGGUUCAGAGUGCAACAAGUUUGAGCUCCUGAAGGCAGCACAGGUGGCUGCCGGUAUCCGUGACAACGAGAGGAAUGGCCGAGCAAAACUGGUUGUUGUGGAGGAAGGGAGCGAGCCGUCUAAGUUAACUGAGGUACUCGGCAACAAGCCAAAUCUACCAGAAGGUGAUGACAAUGACGAUAUGGUGGCAGAUAUCUCCAACAGGAAGAUGGCCAAACUCUACAUGGUAUCUGAUGCGUCCGGAGCGAUGCAGGUGACCCUGGUCUCAGAGGAGAACCCGUUCUCUCAGAGCCAUCUGCUGUCUGACGAGUGCUUCAUCCUGGACCACGGGAAGAGCAGGAUGAUCUUCAUCUGGAAAGGCCGUAACGCCAACCCCAGCGAGAGGAAGACUGCCAUGAAGACUGCUGAGGGCUUCAUCAAGCAGAUGGGCUACCCAUCUAACACACAGAUCCAGGUACUUCCAGAGGGUGGGGAGACUCCCAUCUUCAAACAGUUCUUCCAGGAGUGGAGGGAUAAGAACCAGAGCGAGGGGUUCGGGAAGGUCUUUGUGACCGAGAGGAUCGCUAAGAUACAUCAGGUGGAGUUCGAUGCCUCCAAGCUCCAUGAGUCCCAGAGCAUGGCAGCCCAGCAUAACAUGGUGGACGACGGCACAGGGGACACUCAGAUCUUCAGAGUGGAGAGCAGUGGUCGAGUCCCAGUUGACCCAAAGACGUAUGGUCAGUUCUAUGGAGGAGACUGUUACAUCAUCCUCUAUACAUAUAAGAGAGGACAGAUCAUCUACACCUGGCAGGGGGCUAGCAGCACUCUGGAUGAGCUCACAGCUUCAGCCUUCCUAACUGUGGAGCUGGAUCGCUCUCUGGGAGGGAACGCAGUUCAGGUGAGAGUGUCCCAAGGUAAAGAGCCUGCCCAUCUCCUGAGUCUGUUCAAAGACAAGCCCCUCAUCGUGUACAAGAGUGGUACCUCACGCAUCGGAGGCCAGGCAUCGGAGGCCCCCACACGCCUGUUCCAGGUCCGACGUAACCUGGGCACCAUCACACGCAUCGCAGAGGUGGAGGUGGAGGCUGGCAGCCUGAACUCUAACGAUGCCUACCUGCUGAAGAUGCCCGCAGGGCAGAGCUACCUGUGGGUGGGUAAGGGCGCCAUCGAGGACGAGGAGCGGGGAGCCCAGUACCUGAGUCAGGUGCUGAAGUGUCAGACACAACGCAUCGUAGAGGGACAGGAACCAGCGGACCUCUGGGCAGCGUUAGGGGGGAAGAAGGAGUACCAGACAUCAGAGAGACUGGAGAGUAGCCGCACUCAACAACCUCGCCUGUUUGCCUGCUCCAACAAGACUGGCAGGUUCAUAAUUGAGGAGGUUCCAGGGGAGUUCAGUCAGGAGGACCUGGCAGAGGAUGACGUGAUGCUGUUGGACGUCUGGGAUCAGGUGUUUAUCUGGAUUGGCAAAGAUGCCAAUGAAGUUGAGAAAACUGAAUCUGUAAAAUCUGCCAAGACAUACAUAGAGACGGAUCCGGGGGUUCGGGAUAAGAGGACCUCCAUAGUGAUGGUGAAGCAGGGUCAUGAACCCCCCACCUUCACAGGGUGGUUCCUGGGGUGGGACACGGCACGCUGGGACUCACACACCGUGGCCAGGACCAUGAAGACACUGCAGAUUUAGCAUAAAUGAAUCCCAACGGUUAUAACAAUGUAAUAACACAGUUUAGACAUGUAUAACAUUCACUCUGUAUUCAGCCAAGGGUUUACAAAUACUAGUGUGAAAUGAGGGUUAACUAGCCAUUCAUGGACUAAUGUUGGGCCAAGAAAGCGCAAAGUACUUUACUUUUAUUUGUAUUUUUUGCUUUACUUUUAAGCCUGCUAUGUUUCAUUUUAUUUUACAUUUGAGUCAUUUAGCAGAUGCUCUUAUCCAGAGCAACAUACUGUUGCGAGUGCAUACAUUUUUUUUCUUUUUUCUUACUGGUCUCCCGUGGGAAUCAAACCACAACCCUGGUGUUGCAAGCACCAUGCUCUACCAACUGAGCACACGGGACAUCGUCUGAUGUGCACUGCUUGGACAUCUUUGUUGUUUAGUUUGUUGUUUCGUUUUUUUCUCCUUACAAAGAUGAAAACCAAAAAUAUAUGAUAUAUUAUGUUAAUUUGAAUGCAGGUCUUGACAUUUGGACUUCUAUAACUGUCUGGACAUGAAUGUUGCUAUUUGCUGUAUUUUCUUUUUUUUUUAAUGAUAGAAAAUGCAUAAAGCCUGCUGAGAGUUUUUCUUCUAAUUUCACAUUUCUGAAGUUCUUCUCAAAUCUAGCCUAGCCUCGCGAGUUUAUGUGAAUGAUUUGAUAAUCAGUCUGGUAAUUACGAGGCUAAAAGUCUAACCCAGGGGUUCCCAACAUUUUUUGGCCCACAACACCAUUUUGAUAUCUGAAAAUUCUUGUGACCCCAACCGUGUGAAAAAAUUAUGUAAUUAUGACAGCCAAUGUUAACUUUUCUUAUUUGGCUCUGUGGCAGACAAUUGAAAAAUAUUCUAACAGCAUUUCUGAUUGUCUUCUCAACUCACCAUAGCAUAUUUUUAAUGGGAGGCUAUGACAGUCAAUUGCAAAUUAGUCUGACAUAUAAUGUCUCUAACCUCACCACCACUAAUGUGCUUGAUGAAUGUCGCGUUGGAGCUUCUCAUAGUCAGGGGGCUUGGUCAACAGUGGUCAAGCUCAGACUGUGCUCAUCCCUGCUGACACAUCCAACCUGGGUCGAUAGUUGGUUUUAAUGCAGAUGAGAGCAUGGUUUGCUUUUGAAAGACUCUAAAUCAAUCAAUCAAAUGUAUUUAUAAAGCCCUUCUUACAUCAGCUGAUGUCACAAAGUGCUGUACAGAAACUGAGCCUAAAACCCCAAACAGCAAGCAAUGCAGGUAUAGAAGCACAGUGGCUAGGAAAAACUCCCUAGAAAAGAGUUGCUCCGGUUCAUUGCUCCUCUGAAUCCACUGAUUUGGUCAUUCAUCUGUAGAACGUUUUUCUAUUUCUCCUGCAUGCUUGCGUUCAGUUUACCAAAAUGUCUCUUAUAUAGGCAAGGAGACACAUUAAAUCCAUUGUGAAUGACAACAUUUCCUCUCUCAACGCGAAAAACCCCCUCAAUAACCACCAAGCCUCUGUAUGAAAUAAAACAUUGUCAUGCUCUGA